AUGGCGAGCACGCUGCAGAUCGGCCUCCUCCUCUCCCUGCUGCUCUUGGCCCCAGCCCUGGCCGUGCCGCAUGAGCGAGGGCUCAUCUUUAAUUUGGACACCGGGGAGCUGUGCCUGCAGAGCGCCCAGUGCAAGAGCGGCUGCUGCCAGCGCAGCAGCGGGCUGAGCCUGGCCCGGUGCGUGCCGAAGGCGGCCGAGCUCCAGGAGUGCUCCCCGAAGAGCCUCUAUGGGGUCUACUACAAGUGUCCCUGCGAGAGCGGCUUGACCUGCGACGCCGACAGGAGCAUCGUGGGCUCCAUCACCAACAGCGACUUCGGCAUCUGCAAGGACAAGCAGAGCACCGCGGCGGCACGGUGA